UUUUAUUAAAUACAAAUAAAUAAAUAAAUAAAUAAAUAAAUAAAAUUUCCACAACAUUCUUCUUCUUUUCUUCUUCACCCGUUUUCCCGUAAUCCUUUACUUUCCCAUUCAGAGUUUGUUGAGCCAUUUUCUCCUUCUUCAAAAAUAGCUUCACCAUUCCAAUUCUCUCUCUCUCUCUCUCUCUCUCUCUCUCUCUCUCUCUCAAUUUUCUUCCCUCUUUUUUUCUUUCGCUUGCAGCUUUUUACAUCCAUUUUCUUAACCCGAUCAAUUCUUUCUGAGUCAUGAUGGAAAAUUCCUCUUUCUAUUGCAUGAAUCAAUCUCUUUUCCUUUCUCGUUUUCCUCGUUCUAGCUCUUGUUGUAGAAUUCCGAAUUUCUAGGUUUCCCGUGAUCCCCAAAUUUCAAUUCGGGACAAUCCAAUUUCUCUUUUGUUCCUCUGCUUCUGUAAUUUUUUUGUUAUUAUUUUGGUUAUUGCAAUAGGACCGUGGGUUGGAUACGUGAAGGGGGUGUUGAUAACUGGUUACAAUUUGUGAAUUAGGUUAUUGUAAAUUGUAAUUGUUGAUCUGAUUUGGAAGAUAGUUAUGCGUAUAGAGGAAUUGAAAGGAGGCGAGGUUGAAGAAGGUGGAGAGGAAGGGAAAUGGAGCUUUGUUGGUUCCGAUACGAAGAGGGUUUUGGUUGGAGCAGGCGCUCGAGCGCUAUUCUAUCCCACGCUUGUUUAUAAUGUCGUUAGGAAUAGGCUUCAGGCUGAGUUUCGAUGGUGGGAUAAGGUUGACGAGUUUGUAUUGUUAGGUGCGGUUCCAUUUCCUAUUGAUGUUCCUCGCUUGAAAGAUCUUGGUGUUCGUGGCGUCAUCACAUUGAAUGAGUCAUACGAGACUUUAGUUCCAACCACAUUAUAUUAUGCUCAUGGGAUUGAUCAUCUGGUGAUUCCUACUAGAGAUUACUGUUUUGCUCCACCACUAAAUGACAUAUGCCGCGCUGUUGAUUUCAUACAUAAAAAUGCAUUGUCUGGACGUACUACCUAUGUCCACUGCAAAGCUGGACGGGGUCGCAGCACAACUAUUGUUAUUUGUUAUCUGGUGCACCACAAACUGAUGUCACCUGAUGCUGCAUAUGAAUAUGUAAAGUCAAUUCGGCCAAGGGUGCUUUUAGCUUCCUCUCAGUGGCAAGCUGUCCAGGACUACUACCGCCACCUUAUUGUGAGGAGGGUUGUUGGAUUUUCGCCUGUAGCUGAUCUAUUAGUAAAGGCUUCUGAGGUCUCAGCAGCUUCACAAGAUCUUGUAAAAUUUGAUGACAAUUCUGUAGUUGUGGUAACAGAGAAAGAUCUUGAAGGAUACGACCCAAAUUCUCAUUCAGUAACCAUGUCAAGUGAAAUAUGGGCAGAUUUGAGUGUUGUUUAUCGUGUGCGAGUUGCUGGAGAGGCCGCAUUUGCAAGAAUAUCAUGCCUUUGGCUGCGAUAUGGUACCGACCAGAAGAUUUCUGCAGAAAAACUAAGCAGAGAAAGCAGUUGCUCCAUCAGAAGGAAUCACUUGGGAGGAAUUAGUGUUGACAUCCAUGUGUACUGAAAAAUUAGCUUAAGUUUCCUCUAAGUUUGACAUGUUUCCCUUGUUGUGCCCAAUAAUAAUUCAUGUAUAUGAUGGGCUGAAUCAAUAACUCGUGUUUUCCUCUGUAUAUUCUGAUACUUUGCUCAUUUGAAUGCAAAUGAUGAGUGUCAUACGAGUCAAUUAAUCGA